AUGACUUUUCUUUUUCAUUUUUUGUUAACAGUGCUUACAAGAUUUAAAGCAGGAAGUAAUGCAGAAAUGUUGGUUACUCCUUCUGGUCCAACAUAAGAGUUAACACUGAUUUCUUUAAGGGGAAGUCUUUGGUAAAUUCUUUCAGUAGAAUCAACAAUGUAUUUUUGGAGAGCAGCACCGUCUAAGUUCUUGUCAGCUUCAACUGUUUUCUUAAACAUUUCAAGUAAUUAAAGCUUGUUGGGUUUGACGCUUAAUUGA